AUGGCACUUACGAUUUAUGGUCUUCAGCAAGUCAUUUUGCAAGUCAAUUGCCGAUAUUCCAGGAUGUCAAGUGUACAAGAACAAACUCAUUAUAACCAUGUUAUGAGUAGUGACGGUGAGGAUGAUGAUGUUGAGAUGGUAGAUCCUUUGGAUGGCUCUACAAUUGUUGAUUGUGCACCUGCACCAGUUUCAGAUGGAUCAAAGAAGGGAGUGUGCAAGGCUUGUAAAGUGGGAUAUAAAUAUGAUAUCCAGAAAGGUGGAACCUCAUCUAUGAAAAGGCAUAAGUGCCGUGAGCGUCAUUCUCAGGACAUAGGGCAAAUGAUUUUAUCUGCAAAGAAUGGCCAGUUGUCUUCCCGCUUACGCAAAAUUGAUCAGAUGAAGUUUCGGGAUCUUAUUUCAGAAUUACUCAUUGCAAGAAAUGUCCCAUUGGCUUUGGUGGAGUGGAAAGAAUUUAGGGACAUAUGUAGGAUGUGUCUAACAUCAGACAUGUGGACCUCUGUUACGACUACAGGGUAUAUAAGCUUAACUGUCCACUUUCUUGAUCAAAAUUGGGAAUUAAAGAAGUAUCUACUGAAUUUUUGUGAACUUACACCACCUCAUACAGGUGAAAACCUUUCUGCCAAGCUAUUUGGAAUGAUAGAAGAUUGGGGAAUUAAAGAAAAAGUAUCCAACAUCACCUUGGAUAAUGCUGCAAAUAACGGAGCUUGUGCUAGAAUUAUGCAGAGUAGACUUAUUGCAAAGAAGAUCCUAAAGUCAGUGAAGUCGCUUAAAAAGUCCCAAGUAAGAAAAAAAAAAUUCUUGGACAUUGUUGAUACUUUAGGAAUGUCUGCAGUAAGAAGGGGUGUUCGUCAAGAUGUUAAGACAAGAUGGAAUUCAACUUAUCUUAUGUUAGACAGUUGUCUUGUGUAUAGAAGUGUUUUCGCUCACUUGAAGGAGGUGGAUUCAGACUAUGAAGACUUCCCAACUGACGAAGAAUGGGAUCAAAUUGAAGUGGUCACAAAGUUUCUCAAGACGUUUUAUGAUGUCACAACUUUUUUUUUCUGGUAG